CAAUUGCCGUGGAAAAUGUAUAAAAUUGGCUUUGCGCUUUUGCUGUGCAUCCUGGCGGCCGCCGGCGGCGAGUCCCUGGACAUUGAUCGUUAUCAGCGGCUGAUGCAGUUGCGCCCUUUGGCGGUCGAGUUUAUCGAUUAUUAUCGAAACAUAACGAGCGGCGAUCUGUUGAUACCCGGCACAGGGCUGCCCAAUCAACAGGAUCUGCAGUGCUUGGCCGAGGUGGCAACGCUCAGCCAGGGCGUGCAAACGGGCAGCAUUUGGGCGCUGCGCAUGAUCGACUCUUGGGGCCGUUUGCCCGCGGGCAUGCUCUAUGGCAAUCUAAAGGAUCUGGGCAACUUUGAUGAGUGCAUCAGGGUGAAUCAGCUGGUGGCAAGCACGGGCCACAGUCUGCGCGGCAAAUACUGCAUGGCCAAAUUGUUGUCCGGCAACAUGUUGGCCGGCAAUGCCGGCGCCCUGGGCAUGCUGGGCGUGCAGACGGCGAUUUGCCUGCCCGCCAGCUGCACGGGCGAGCACAUGGAGACGCUGCUCCGACAGCUUUUCAAGCAGCUGCUCAACAUUGAACUGAGCACCGACACGCAGCUGAUCAAUGCCGCCAGCUGCCAGACCGCGGAGCGUGAGUCGCUCGAUGGUCUGGCCAUAUUUACCAUCGUGCUCAUGUGUGUCUUGGUCGCUGCCCUGCUGCUGGCCACGCUCUACGAUUACUUCCUGUGCGCGGAUCAGAAGCAUUUGCCCGCCUUGGUCAAGGUGUUUUCGGCACGUGCCAAUUCGCGCGCGCUCUUCCGCAUUGUGGACAGCAAAACGAAUCCGAAUGUCAUCGACUGUCUGCACGGCAUACGCUGCCUCUCGCUUAUCUGGGUGAUUUACGGCCAUGACUAUAUCAUUCAAGGCCUAUCGCCCAAUAUUAAUCUGGUGGAUGUCAUACCGUGGUAUCGAUCGCCCUUCAGCAUGUUCAUUAUCCAUGGCCUCUUCUCCGUGGACACCUUCUUCUUCCUCAGCGGCCUGCUUGUCGUUAUGGUUGCUCUGCGCUCCAUGGAAAGAACCAAGGGCAAGCUGAAUGUGCCGCUAAUGUAUCUGCAUCGUUAUCUGCGCCUCACGCCUGUCGUCGCCUUCGCAAUACUGUGCUACAUGAGAAUCCUGCCCCUCCUGGGCGCCGGUCCGCUCUAUAAGGGCCUGGUUAGUCAACUCUCGGCGCCCUGCGAGGACAACUGGUUCUGGACCCUGCUCUAUGUGCAAAACUAUGCCACCAACACUGUGUGCCUGCCCCACAGCUGGUAUCUGGGCGUGGACAUGCAGCUGUAUAUCAUAUCGCCCCUGUUGCUGAUUGCGCUCUACAAGUGGGGCAAAAAGGCCAUUGCCGGCAUUGUGGUGCUCAUGCUGCUGUUGGCUGCAUGCCUCUUCAGCAUGAUGGUAGUCAGGGGCUACAGCUUAUCUUCUGGUGGCAUGUCCGAUGAAAUAUACUUUACAACGCACACACGCGCCUCGCCCUGGAUAAUUGGCCUUAUCUUUGGCUAUUAUUUGCAUGUGAAUCGCGGCAAAACCUUUAAGCUGAAUCGUCUAACCGUCUGGCUAGGCUGGCUCAUCAGCCUGGGCCUGAUCUUUACCUGCCUGUUCGCGCUCUAUCCAUAUCCGGCGAACGGCAAUCAUUUGCCCAUCGUUAAUGAGGCAUUCUACGUGACGCUAACACGGAUUGCCUGGCCCCUGGCACUCGUUUGGCUGGUGUUCGCCUGCAAAUACGGCUACGGCGGUUUGGCCAACAGCUUCCUCUCCAGCCCGCUGUGGCAGCCGCUGUCGAAGCUCUCCUACGGCGCCUACAUCUGGCACAUACUCAUCGAGAUUCUCAAUGGCGGCAUCACGCGCACCAGCACCUACUUCAGCGACUAUCAAGUGAUGUUGCGCUUCUGGCAUGACUUUGGCUUUACCAUUUUGUUGGCCUAUUUCAUGUUCCUCUUGGUCGAGGCACCUUUCGGCGGCCUGGAGAUGUUAUUGUUUCCCACUCGCGCGCCCAGAAGCCAGCCUGCUCCAGCUGUCAAGAGCCCCAGAGCCGAGCCGGAGCCAGCUUGCAUUGAAAUUGCGCCUGCGCUGGAGCCCAAAACAGCGCCGAUUAAUUAGGUAGCAAGACGUUUCAUUUAAUUCCUAAGUAAGCUAAGCUCUUCGUAAUUUAUUUAGAUAUAUUUUGCAGUAUUUUAACAAUAAUCUUUAACGGUUAAUAUGAUCAAUAACACAACUAACGAAAGUCGAACUUGGCAGGGCUGCAGUGCAGCUUAUGAGUUCAGGGCUGCAAAAGCGCUUCGAAAAUGGGCCGUUAGAUUUUCAAAUGUAGUUUUAUGCUCUUAAAUGCUGUUUUACGGAUCUGAGCCGAAACGAUAUCACUUUCAUAUUCCAAUAAAAUCUGGUUUAUUGAAUGUGGACGUCCAUUACGAUUCAAAUUCGAAAAUCAGAUGAGCUAACCAUUGAUUCGAUAAGGAUAGCAAUAGAAGAGUCUAUUGCAGUUUAGCCCGUCACAAUUUCUAUUUAUCAGAUUAUCGUAAAUAUUGUUAAUCCAGCAAAUUAUAAGCCCAAAAGUAUGCCAUCUUUUUGCGAUAGUACAUUUAAGUUUUUAAUAUCAGUUCGUUGUUUUUGGAAGAUUUUUAUUAAGUGCUCGUAAAUGGCUACUUUUGGGAUAUAAAAUAUUUAUUAUUGAAAUGGAAACUUUUAGAAAUUAAUACUCCAGAAUUGAGGAAUAUUUAUGCUGGACAAGGGCAACUUUUGGGAUUUACAAUGCCAGAACACAGAAUAUGCUAGAAUCCUAUAAAUUAGAGAUGAGCAGGAUGUUGAUAUUGAAACGUAUCGAUAAUAUGAAAACGGCGUGAGUUAUCGAUGAUAUGUAACGUUAAAAAUGUGAAGUCUCUAGCUCUAAAAGUCCCUGAAAUCUAGAGACAGAUCAGCUCGGCUAUUGAUUGAUUGAUUAUUAUGAAUAGAGAUUCUCGCUUUUUAAAAAC